AUGGAGUCAGAGGCGCUGAUGCCCAUCGCCAUAAUCGGCAUGUCAUGUCGCCUCCCUGGCGAUGUAUCUUCGCCAGGCGACUUUUGGAAAUUGCUGACCAAAGGGCGAAGCGCAUGGUCCAAGAUACCCGGAGAUCGAUUCAACCAAGAGGCUUAUAAUCAUCCCAACCCGGAAAAGAAAGGAACUAUUAACUCACAAGGAGGGUACUUCCUAUCUCAGAAUCUUGAGAUGUUCGACCCUGGCUUCUUUGAUAUGACGCGCAAGGAAGCCGAGACGAUGGAUCCUACGCAACGUCUCCUUCUUGAAUGUUCAUACGAAGCACUCGAGAAUGCUGGCAUUUCUAAGGAGUCUAUCUCGGGUCGAAAAAUUGGUGUUUUUAUUGGUGGCCCCGACAAUGAGCAUAGGAUGGGAAAUCUAAGGGAUUUAGAUGACUCGCCGAUGUUCGACCCUACCGGUAGUCAGGGGGCGUUUCUUGCUGGGCGAGUAUCAUACUUCUUCAACCUAUCCGGCCCUGCAAUUACUGUUGACACUGCCUGCUCAUCAAGUAUGCAUGCGCUGCAUAUGGCUGUUCAAAGCAUACGGCUGGGGGAAUCGGAACAAGCAAUAGUUGGGGCCUCUCAUCUGAUAACUCAACCUGACGUCUGGGUAUCUAUGGCAAAGUUAAGGUUAUUUGCGGACUCGGGGAAAACUUUUGCGUUUGACCACCGCGCUAACUCCGGAUAUGCGAGAGGUGAAGGGGUAGGGUGCAUCAUCCUCAAGCCCCUGCAUAAAGCCCUAGAGGAUAGAGACUAUGUGAGGGCCGUCAUCUCCCAUACGGGAAUUAGCCACAAUGGCCGAACAGUUGGCAUCGUAGCACCAAGCUCGGAAGAACAGGAGUCGUUACUGCGCAAUGUUCUCUCCCAAGCCAAUAUCGAUGCCAAAGACAUCGGCUUUUUCGAGGCCCAUGGAACAGGUACCAAAGUUGGAGAUCCUAUUGAGGCCAAAGGUAUUUAUAAAGCGCUUGGCCAGGACCUAGACAGCAGUGAUCCGUUAACGAUUGGAUCUGUUAAAUCCAAUAUUGGCCACCUCGAAAAUGCCAGUGGUGUUAUCUCGAUUAUGAAGGCAGCACUCAUGUUAGAAAAGGGGUUCGUUGUACCAAAUGCCGACUUCGAGAAGGAGAACCCAGCUAUUCCCUUGUCGGACUGGAACUUGAAAAUCCCACUGAGACAGCAACCUUUCCCUCGAAAUAAGAAGUAUAUCUGUGUCAACAAUUUUGGAUAUAGCGGAUCGAAUGGGCAUGCAGUCCUUAAAGCGUUACCAGCGGAAAAUGAAAUUGAGUUCUUGGAUCCCGAAAAGUUUGAAGGUCAUAUUAAAACGAAGCGUUUAUUCAUAUUGAGUGCCAAUGACGAGGCGGCUGCGAGGAAAAGCAUGGAGCAACUGGGAAUUUUCCUCGAGCAGCAUGCGGAACUUUAUCAAAGUACAAUGCCUCGAAACUUAGCGUACACAUUAUGCCAGAGGCGUUCACAGCUGCCCUGGCGCAUAGCUCUGGUAGCUGAUAUGUGCAGCAAGUUGGCAAUAGCACUCAAUAGCCCGGAAGUAAUACCAAAACGUGCGCCUUCAUACUCGCCAAAACUCGGCUUCAUAUUUACAGGGCAGGGAGCGCAAUGGUUUGCUAUGGGCAGAGAGCUACUGGAGUCUCACGCCGUGUUCGCAUCCGCUAUCCAACGAGCCGAUGAACAUCUUCUGUCUAUCGGUGCAGAUUUCUCACUAAUGGAGGAAUUAAACAGGACCGAAUAUAGCUCCCGUGUAGGUAUGGCUCAUAUCAGUCAGCCGAUUUGUAGCGCCGUCCAGAUCGGGCUGGUUGACCUCCUCGCAUCAUGGGGAAUUAAGCCUUCGGUAGUUACGGGCCAUUCUAGUGGAGAGAUUGGCGCCGCAUAUGCGACCGGGGCUUUAUCACUCGAAGCGGCAAUGUCGGCGGCAUAUUAUCGUGGACAAGCUAUCAUCACCUUGAAGGAUAAAUUUCCAGAUGUGAAAGGCUCGAUGAUGGCGGUCGGCAUGGGUGCGAAAGACUUACAACCCCUUUUCAAACAGCUGCCUCACCCGCUUCAAGCUGUAGCAGCUUGCGAAAACUCUCCCACCUCAACAACUGUCUCAGGUGACGCUGAAGCCAUUGAUGAACUUUCCAAUCUCAUGACGCAAAAACAAAUCUUCAACCGCAAACUUUUCGUCGAUGUUGCCUACCACAGCCCGCACAUGAAGUUAAUAGCUGAGACAUACCACGACAUGAUCGCAAAUGUUGAGUUAAAGAAAGGAAAUGGCGAUGUACGAUUCUUCUCUUCUCUCCGUUCUCGCGAGGUAAAUGCGGACGAGCUUGGUCCACAAUAUUGGGUAGAGAACUUGACCAACCCGGUACGCUUUACGACGGCCUUGCAACUACUCUGUAAGGAGAGCGAGCCAGAUAUACUAAUCGAGAUUGGUCCUCAUGCAGCACUCAAGGGUCCGAUUAUGCAGACUUUGAAGAAGAUGCAGUUGCCAGCUUCUAAGACUCCACCAUAUAUCCCGACUUUGGUGCGAGGUCGUAACGCCACUGUGACAACCUUAGAACUCGCUGGCCAGCUAUUCGUGCGUGGCUACCGGGGUAUCGAUUUCUUCAAUAUCAAUCAUAACCGCUCCGAGAUUGAAAAGCCUGAUAUUAUCCCCUUUCUCUAUACGUACCCAUGGUCGCACCAGCGGUGCUGGUAUGAAAGUCGGAUUACGCGACAGCAUCGACUCAAACCGUUCGCACGACAUGAUCUCAUCGGCACGUUGACCGACUGGAGCAGCGACUUGGAGCCAACCUGGCGCAAUUUUAUAAGGCUGGAGGAGCUGCCUUGGCUACGUGAUUACCGAAUUCAGGACCGUUCUGUAUUUCCCGUCUCGGCCUUCAUCUCUAUGGUUCUUGAAGCGGCCAGCCAACGAGCAGCGGUCAAAGGUUUCGAAGCAGGUAGCUUUGACAUGCGCGAUAUAUCCAUCCCAGAACAACUAUUUCUAGCGGACGACACACCGGUUGAGCUUAUACUGGCAUUUAAGCCGCAUGGUGUGUUCAAACUUGACUGGGACGAAUUUCGGAUUUCCAGUUUCGACCCUAAACGAGGAUGGCUGCAACAUUGUCAUGGUCUUGUUCAAGCAAGACCCUCGCAAAGCCAUACUGAAAUGCCUACUUGCUUCAACUCCUUUUUUAAUGUCGAACCAGGGAAAAAUGAGUCGGCAAUACCUGCAGCUGGCUUCUAUUUUAACCUGAGUUCUAGCGGUAUCUGCUAUCCGCACACUUUUUGGAACCUAGUGAGCGUAAAGAUGGAUGAAUCCGGGGCCAGCGCCCAAGGUGCCCUUCAGGAUUCAAAGCUCAUCAUGCCGUUGGCAUACGAAUCCCCAUACUUAGUCCACCCCGCUAUGUUAGAACCCCUUUUUCAGAUAUCACAAGCUGAAUUAGGGUUCGAGGGAACCGCAAGCCCACAACUGCCAUCUGCCAUCAAACAGGUGCAUGUCAAUAUCAGCGACGAUUGGGAGAGGACUCCUGGAUCUAAAUUUAUUGUCCAGUCGACGAGAGACGAGGACUCUAGGCCACCAUUAGCCGAGCUAUUUGCGCCAGCGAAUAGCGGGUUUCCUUCCGUCUCUAUGCUGGGUUUAGAAUUCACCUUGCUUAAAACUGCAACAAGCAUGCCGUUGAGUCCUAGAGAGCUAUUCUAUAAGUGCCAAUGGGAGCAAAUAAAGGGACGUCAUGCUAAUGGUGUUAGUCGUAUGCAUACCCGAGCUCAUGGGGAGCGUAUAACGAUUGUGACAGAACGUGCCCGAGACGACACACUUAUAACUUCACUUUGUGAGGUUAUCAAGUUACACUACGGAAUUGACCCGAAUAUUUCAAGUCUAAUCCGCGUCAAGGAUUUCAGUGGCUUUUUCGUAGUACUCUCGGAGCUUGACCGUGCAGUCUUAGCCUCGGCUGAUAAGACAGAAUUCGAACAAAUCCAGUCCAUCUUGGUACGAGCUGGUGGCAUAUUAUGGGUAACUUGUGGUGCCUCAAAAGUGCCUACAAACCCAAGCACGAACAUGGCAUUAGGUCUACUCCGUACGGCACGCUCCGAGCUCGGCAAGAUUGCUGUCACCUUAGAUCUCGACCCAGAUAACACUCUAGAUGUCGAUGGCCAAGCUGAACUAAUUGAAGAUGCUUUUAGGAGAACAAUUCUCGGAGGCAAUCCCGAGACCGAGGCCGAGGUCGAGUUCGCGGAGCAGAGCGGAGACUUAGUUGUGCCGCGUAUUGUUGUGGAUGAUGAUAUGAAUUUACGAGUUCAUCGCGAGCUGGGAAAUUCGAGGCCGUAUCUACAAGAAUUUUGUCAACCUGGACGUCGGUUACGGGUGGCUACACACACCGAGGAUUCGUUUGACAAUAUACACUUUGAGGAUUCCACGUCCAACGAGGUUUUGGAUGACGAUCAAGUCGAGAUUGAGAUUAAAGCCACCGGACUCGGCCAAGAUGAUGUUAUUGUGCACACUAACGCAGAUGAGUUUGCAACGCCUGAAAGGUCAUGUAGCGGUGUUGUCGUUCGCGUUGGGCGAGACGUUGUCAACAUCAGGGUUGGAGACUUCGCGUGCGCGUUAAGCGGUGACCGGCUAGGUACACAUACCUGUGUGGCAGCAAAUAGUGUCGUCAAGAUCCCCCAGGGCAUGACUUUCGAAGAAGCAGCGUUGGUUCCAUCUGCCUUCAGUGCAGCCUUUUACGGACUCUCGCAUGUUGCACGUGUUCGAAAAUUAGACCGCGUUCUGAUCCAAGUCAACGGCCCCCAUGGACUUGCUGCAAUACAAGUAGCGCAUUACCUAGGUGCCGAUAUAUUUGUCGCUGUCCAUGGCAGCGAGCGAAGAGACUUUGUUGCAAAGUCGCUGGGUGUAAGGCCAGAACACGUUUUCGACACUUCUAGCUUCUAUUUCAAUCGUGACAUUCAAGAUGCUUCCGGCGGGAGAGGUAUGGAUGUCGUCUUCACCAGUUCGUCCAGCUUCCCAGCGUCAACACCAGAUUUGAGCAGGGUAUGGGCAGGUGCCGCGCGCUUCGGACGUAUUAUCCAUGUACAGGGAACAUUUCACGCUCGCAUUGGUAGCUGGAAUACCGGAGCCGAUCUUGCUGAGAAUAUAAGCUUCACAUCAAUCAAUUUACUAAACCUAACAGUUACACGUCCACGUCUCAUGAGGGACAUCCUCAGAGAUGCGUUAGAAUGUCUUUCGAAGGGGGCUUUGAGACCAUUAAAGAAAGCGAUCAUAUUGCGAAUCGCGGGGUUGGGCCAGGGCUUGCGGAUGAUUCAGCAAGGCACUUUGCAUCCGAUUAUUAUUUCUACCCAGAAGAGCGAGAAAGUAAUGGCAAUGCACCAUGUUUCAAGGCGUUUCUUGAACCCCAACGGGACUCACAUCAUCAUUGGCGGUACUGGUGGGUUAGGGCGUAGUACUGCCAAAUGGAUGGUGAAACAUGGUGCUCGAUAUAUCGUAUUACUCUCGAGAAGCGGAGGCAAGGCUGGCGAGCUACAACAGCUUAUUGAUGAUGUUCAAGAUAGGGCGAACAUUAUCGUCAGGACAUGUGACGUUGCCAGCGAGGAUAACGUCUACCGACUUGUGAAAGAACUCGCCGAAACACUUCCACCGAUAUGCGGUGUGAUCCAUGCUGCUAUGAUGCUCCACGACGGGCUGAUUGAAGGGAUGACCCACGACUCAUACGUGUCGGCGAUUCGUGCUAAAGUCAAGGGGACCUGGAAUAUCCACAACGCACUCGAGUCUAUCAACGCACGUCUAGACUAUUUCGUACUCUUAUCCAGCGCUGCGGGUAUUGUCGGUAGCCGUGGCCAAGCUGCAUAUGCUGCUGCCAACACAUUUCUAGAUGGAUUUGCCUCUUUUAGGGUCGCUCAAGGCCUGCCGGGAGUGUCCCUUGACCUUACAGCUGUUAGCGAUGCUGGGUAUAUUUCGGAAAACCUGGCACGAGAGGACGAGAUUAUCAAGAAUUUCGGUGGACAAACCAUCUCGGAAGCCGAAGUGUUAGGACUUUUGGCAGUGGCUACAUCCAGCAAAUGCGGUACGCAGUGCCUAACAGGCUUGAAGCUUGUUCCCAGUAACACAGACGCUCUACCGUACUAUGCAGACGAUCCACGAUUCGCACACCUCAAAGCGGCAGCGCUUGCAGAGAUACGAGCCGCGGGAAGCGAUUCUGGACAGGCCAUCUCGUACAGGAAUGCAUUCCGGGCUGCAGCCAACAACGAGGAGGCCCGCCAAAUUGCUGUACAGGGGGUUUUGCAGAAACUAUCGGAGGUGCUCUCCGUGGCACACGGUGAUGUGGAUGCUCUGCGAAGUAUGACAUCGUAUGGUCUAGAUUCUUUGACUGCCAUUGAAGUGCGCAAUUGGAUCACCAGGGAACUGGGCGCAACUCUGGAGAUCCUGGAAUUAUUGACGAGUGCAAACGUGACGGAAUUGGCAAGCCUGAUUGUUUUACGGACUAGAACAUAA